AAUAUGUUGGUAUUGUUUCGUCAUGGAAUGGAUGAUUCUUCAAACAUUGUCCUCAUUGGUCUAUCAUUGUCUGACCUGAUCUAUUCAUGCAGUGAAACAUAUACUAGAAUAAUGUACAUUACUGCAAGGAUUGAUUCCUUUAUAGCUAAUAACCUUUUAUCAGUUUACGUUGCAUUUUUUUUGUAUAUCAGUACAUAUGGUACGUCUACCAGCGUUUGGCUAGUGGCACUUAUCUCUAUCGAGAGAAUGAUUGCUGUUUGUUUUCCAUUUCAUGUUUCAAGACUCAUGUCUCCCGUAAGAAUGAGGUUUAUGGUUGUGUUCGUAUUUACAUUUGUUGCAAUCUUUUAUAGUCCUUCAUUUUGCAUGUAUUACCUGGAUUUAGUUUUUAAUAAAAAAAUUAAUAGAACGGUAUUAACAAGUUUCAAAAGGAAAGAAUACAUUGACAACUUAUGGUGGUUAUCUAUCUUUCUAGAAUACAUUUUACCAUCCUUUAUGAAUGCUGUGCCCAUGAUAACCAUACUAACCUGCACAUUUGCAACAAUUGUUAAUCUGAUAAAGGCAAAUAAGAAUAGUGCUAAAAUUUCAAAUUCAAGGGCCAAACGAGUCAAGGAGAUGAGAUCGAUAAAAAUAGCUCUAAUUAUUUGCUGUUCUAUGGCUUUUUCAAUAUUAAUACCGACUGCCUUCCUUGACGCUUAUUCAUCAUAUGGGCUUAACAUUAACACCACUAUGAUAAUAUACGCAAUCGAUCAGCUAGCUGUCCAAACCAAUGCUACAAUGAAUUUCUUUAUAUACGUAGCAUUGAGUUCAAAAUUUAAAUCAAAAGUUUUAAAAAUGUUUCAAUGCACUAAAUAA